AUGGCAGUUCAACAAGUCAAUGAAACCAGACUAUUGAGAAAGUUUAAUCAUCCAAAUGUUGUGAGAUACUAUCUAGCCGACUCAGAUCUUGACUUUGUUUAUAUUGCAUUGGAGCUGUGUGAGGGAUGUUUAGUCGACUACAUUGAAAAGACUCCUGUAGGGGAAAAAUUCUUGAAGUUACACAGUGAUAGCGGGAAACAUUUUAAAAAGGUGAUUCUCAAUGAUGUAUUAUCAGGAUUGAAUUACUUGCAUGACCUUGACAUAAUACACGGUGACAUCAAGCCCCAAAACAUAUUGCUGAGAAAGGUUAAACAGCGUGUUAAUCUUGUGAAGGACCUCUAUUUUGAGGGUGUGCUCUCUGAUUUUGGGCUAAGUCUUGAAAUAGAUGAAGGACGAAGAAGCAAGACAGCCCAUGACAAUCUAAUAGGAUCUGAUGGUUGGAGGGCCAAGGAAGUGCUGACAAUGUUAGAGAAGGCCAGUGACAAAUCAAUAAAGAAAAAAUCAAAGAAGAAAGUUAAAGGAACAAAGGCAGUUGAUAUUUUCUCAUUUGGGUGUGUCAUGCAGUAUGUCAUGACUGAAAAGAGUAAACAAUACUAUAUGCACCCAUUUGGUGAUAUCAAUCACCGAAACUACAACAUUAGAGCAGAGGAGAGAAGAUCUUACCUAAGUUCACUUCCCAAGUACAAAUCAUGGAAACCAAAUCUAAAUGAUGUUUUAGCUGAUAUGCUCAUUGAAAUUUGUGUACUGGGAAACCCUGAACUGCGACCUACAACGAAGGAAAUUGCAAAAAAUCCUUUUUUCUGGGAUGCCACAACAAUGAUUCAGUUUCUAGAGCGAGUUUUUAAUGAUAUAAAGUCAGCUUCUAAAGAUUCUGGUUUUGGUAAAAUUCUAGAGGAUAACUGGUCUAAAUACCAUAAGCAGGGAUUUACUAAAGAAAUCCGGGAAGCUUUCAAUUAUAAUACCAAGCAUAACUCCAAAUCAUGCAGUCCACACAAAUUAUGCAACUUUUUGAGAAUCCUUAGGAAUAUAAGACAACACUACCAAGAAAUCGUUGCGAGGAGUUCAAAGGAACCAAUCUGCAAAGCUUUGUCAGAUUGCUUAGGUCAGGGAGGAGAUGAAGAUUUUUCAAGAUACUUCUUAGAAAAAGUUGCUGGGGCACUUCCUGUGGUUUAUCUAAGCUUCAUCAAGCACCCGAGAAUUGACAGCUAUCACAGCUAUUACUCCCUUGAAGAUUUGAACAGCGAAGUUUCCGAAGAGAGGUUUAAAUACCAAUGGACCACACUCGACAAAGUCCUUCUAAGACAGGACAAUGAUGGUGGACAAGUGCAACGAAGGUCUCGAACUCCUAGUGGACAAGGGAGUUCUGAAAGUUCAAACGGACAGGAAAGAUCUCAAACCCCUAAUGCAAAUGGGAAGGGAAGGUCUCGAACCCCAAGUGAAAGUAGACAUGGAAAAUGA